CUACCUAGACGCCAUCUGAAGAGUAUUCUUAGAUCUUUAUUUCCAAAAGGGACUUUAUUUCCUCGGGUGCUAUGAAGGUGCUAGUAGCUUUAAUAUUGCUUGCUCAGCUUCCAAUCCACCAGGCUGUACCAGCAGCUCCCCCCCCUCCUCCCUUGGGCUGCGACGACCCAGAAGCUGAAGCAGCAGCUGCAUUAGCUGUGAAUUAUAUUAAUGACCACAGCCACCACGGAUACAAGUUUGCCCUAAACAGAAUCGAAAAUGUCCGCGUGCUACCCCAGGGGCCGAAUAACCAGGUCCUCUUCCUUGAACUCGACUUACUGGAGACCAAGUGCCACAUCCUCAACCCCAUACCUCUUGAAAACUGCACAGUGAGGAGCUUCGAAGAACACGCAGUUGAAGGUGAUUGUGAUGUUAAACUGCAGAAUUUGGAUGGGAAGUUAUCUGUAGUCGCCAGUAAAUGCCACUCACACGCAGACUCGGCUGAGGAUGUUAUCCGGGUCUGCCCUGACUGUCCGCUGCUGGAAACUCUCAACAACACGGAGGUGCUGACGGGCGUCGCGGCCGCGCUCAACGAGCACAACGGCAAAACCGCGGGCGCCUACCUCAAGCUGCUGGAGAUUGGCAGGGCCAGGAUACAGUACCACCCAGUGCACUUGGUCUUUGUCGAGUUUGCUGUGGCUGCCACCAACUGCUCAGCAGAAGAAGGCAAAAAUAACGUGGACGCCUGUCAGCUGCUGCCCGAGGACGAGUCUAAUUUCGGUUUCUGCACAGCGACAAUAGCAACGCAGCCCACCCUGGACGCCCAAGUGGACUGCCAACUUUAUGGACAUCAGCCUGGAGUUACCUAUUCCCAGCCAGGCCAAGACACAUCAGCAGGACUGCUGCCCAACGUACAAGGCUUCACGAAUCACAACCUCAGGCUCUCCCACAACAACCCUGUCGCAUCUGAAUCCAGCUCUUCAGAAUUCCCUAGUCCGGCGAUAGCGGCGAAGUCUGUAGCAAAACGAGCAGCUGUGGAGGCUGCUCAGCACGACAAAGCGGUUCGUCCCGUGGGCUUCGCGCCUCCUCCUCCUCCGUGCCCCGGCAGGAUCCACUAUUUCAAGAUCUAGGCUGUGUUACAGACGCAGCCAGCGGCUGCCUGAGGGAUCCGUAAGCAGCAGCAUCCCCAGCACAUGGAGCACAUCCAAGCAAGCAGCUGGGGACAUGGGAAUCUCUGGGCGCCAACUGAGUUUCACCGUGCAGAGAGCAGAGCAGUGGCCAGGACCUUGCAAAGGCCUUGCACGGUGCAGGGGAUUGCAAAACACAGCAGCUCUUGUCUCUACGCACGGCGAUGCUCUAGUUAAAACACAGAAAAUAUCAUUUCAAUGACACUGUCGAGCUGCACAACAAUUGUGGCUUUGUGAUAGAAACACCAGUCCAAAGGUUACUUCGCAAUAAAACGUUCAGCAGAAAUGCUUUUCUUACCCUA